GGCCUCAGAGGAUUCUUUAAUCUCUUCAACAUUUCUCGAACUGUAGGUGGACGACGGGGACAAGAUGCUGCCUUUGUGUGGUUUGCUGCUGUUGUUGUGUCUUCAUUGUGGAGGGCUUUGCAGUGCCUUUCAUAUAGCGAAGACGCUGACCCUUCAGGUGGACUAUGGACAGUCUGCCACCUUGCACUGUAAUGGCUCAGCCUUCCUCGAGGAGGAGGGAACUGUCCACUGGGAAGCAGUGGGGCAGGAUGUGGCGAUAUUGCGGGAAGGGGAGUCAACAGUGGGGGAACAUUAUGAGGGUUCACUCUUUACUUAUGGGUCGCCUGAUUCCGAUACUGUUCUCAUGAGUGUCACUGAUGAGGAGUUUCAUCUUUAUAUGACUCCAACUAUGAGUGACAGUGGAGAGUACCAGUGUUGGUAUAGAACCAGGAAGUCUGACGAUCCCAAGCUUGGGAUACCAGAGAGCAUCACGUUGACUGUGCUGGAACGAAUCCUUACUGAUUUCGAUCCUGAUGAGGCAACGACAGCAGCAGAGGACUGGGUCACUGCAUCUCACUGGCCUGUAGCAUCCUGGGCAGAGGAGGUGACUGAAACCACUGAGUCCAACCACGAUUUUUUACCCGUUCUCCUGGAAGAUUCCACACAACCAAUGCCAGUAGCAACAGAGUCACAGCUAAUGGAAGCUUUUGAGGAGAAGGUGACAUUCUUUCCAGACAAAGACAUCCCAUCUGAGUCUCACCAGUUGGAAGAUCUUCCUUGGAUUCGGAUUGGACUCAUCAGCGGAGUCUUGCUGGUCACAGCGGUGGUCCUGUGUGUUCUGGGAGCUUUACGGAAAAUUUAAACCAUCCAGAUGGAUCCCCACCUCAGCUGUUAAGCUGUCCUACAUACUUGAAAGGGUUUGGGUUGGCGUCUGAGCUGGGCAUGCAAGGAGGAGCUUUGUUGUUUGAAGAGAGGGGUUACUGCAGUUGGGUUUGCACUGGACGAUGAACCACACUGCACAUGUGAAUGAUGCAAACAUUUAAAAUUUCGUAUUUGGGAGCUGUAAUGCUGGUUGUCAGAUUUCUGUAAUGACUGGAAUUCUGUAAAUGACCUACACUGUACCUGUAAGGCAGCCGUUUAUUAAACUUGAAAUGCUA